AUGAAUCCGUCUAGAUCGAGAUCGGACGAUGGUAGUGAAGAAGCCUCAUCUCAAGACCAUAAUCAUCGUGAAAGUGAGAGAAGAUGGCAGCAAGAGCGUCUCCACAGAGAAGAAGCCUAUUAUCAGUUUAUUAAUGAACUCAAUGAUGAAGAUUACAGGCUAAUGAGAGACCACAAUCUUUUAGGCACCCCUGGAGAAAUAACAUCAGAAGAACUACAGCAGCGAUUAGAUGGAGUCAAGGAACAAAGAGCAUCUCAGCCUGACCUGAGAAGUGGGACAGAUACCAGAGACUCAGAAGUCCCUAGAGAAAGUUCAAACGAAGAUUCUCUGCUAGAAUGGUUGAACACGUUUCGACGCACGGGAAACGCGACCCGAAGUGGACAAAACGGGAACCAAACUUGGAGAGCUGUGAGUCGAACAAACCCAAACAGUGGAGAGUUUCGGUUUAGUCUGGAAAUCCAUAUAAAUCAUGAGAAUAGAGAAAUUGAAAUUCAUGGCGAAGAUGAGACAGGCAUUCCACUUUCAGAUUUUGGCAGGGAUCGUACUACAAAUAGGCAACAGAGGUCAGCCAGUCCUGUGGCUAGGCGAACGCGAAGCCAAACCUCCAUGAAUCACAGUGGUAGUAGCUCCAACAUCCCAAGGACUAGGCUCGGUUCAAGGGGGCAGAAUUCAGCAGAAGGAUCUUUCUCAACAUUGGGAAGAUUAAGAAAUGGCGUUGGGGGAGCAGUUGGCAUUCCUAGAACGAGAGCUCCGCGUGCUGAUUUCGGUAGUCAUGCAAACCAGUUGGGUGGUAGUGAACUCAGGCAGAGGGAGGGGCAACGGUUUGGAGCAGCACAUGUUUGGGAAAAUGGGGCUAGAACUAAUGUUACAGUGAGGAAUACAAACCAAAGAUUAGAGCCAAUAAGAUUACGGCCUGCUUUCAGUAGUCGAAGCCGCUCGCCAAUUCAGAGACAAAGUGGCACUGUUUAUCGUAACUCACAGAGAGAAAGUAGACCUUUACAGCAAAACAUCAGAAGGUCUGUUAGGAGGAGAGGUAUAACGCGUGUCUUUUUAGAGCAGGAUAGGGAACGUAGAGGUACUGCCUAUGCUCCAUUCUCUAACUCAAGACUUGUGUCAAGAAUAACAGUAGAGGAAGGAGAAGAAUCUAGCAGAUCUUCAACUGCUACACGACGACAUCCGACAAUCACACUGGACCUCCAAGUGAGAAGGAUUCGUCCUGGAGAAAACAGAGAUCGGGAUAGUAUUGCAAGUAGAACUCGAUCUAGGGUAGGGCUAGCGGAAAAUACAGUCACUAUCGAAAGCAAUAGUGGGGGCUUUCGCCGAACUAUUUCUCGUUUAGAGCGGUCAGGUGUUCAAACCUAUGUUAGCACUAUCACAGUUCCUCUUCGGAGGAUUUCUGAGAAUGAGCUUGUGGAACCGUCAUCAGUGGCUCUUCGGUCCAUUUUAAGGCAGAUCAUGACUGGAUUUGGAGAAUUGAGUUCUUUAAUGGAGGCCGAAUCUGAGUCAGAGGUUCCGAGACCUGGUCAGCAUUUACCAGAGAGGCACUCAGAUCUGAGCACCGUAGGUGCAGUUAAUGACAUCAGCCAGCACAGUGAAGGUUCCUCUCAAUACAGGCGGGCCCGAGAAGACAGCUCUGAAAUGCGUGGUGAAAACGAGACUCCCCAGCCUCCCGCCCGAAACAGUGAUAGCAGAGGUGGCCGGCAGUCGCGAAAUUCAAAUAACUUAGUUGAAACUGGAACACUACCUAUCCUUCGCCUUGCUCAUUUCUUUUUACUAAAUGAAGGUGAUGACGAGGAUCACAUACGUGGUUUAACCAAAGAGCAGAUUGACAAUCUUUCCACCCGGAACUAUGAGCAUAGCAGUAUCGAUAGUGACCUAGGCAAAAUCUGUAGUGUUUGCAUCAGUGACUAUGUGACUGGAAACAAGCUCAGGCAAUUACCUUGCAUGCACGAAUUUCACAUUCAUUGUAUUGACCGCUGGCUCUCAGAGAAUUGCACUUGCCCCAUCUGUCGGCAGCCUGUUCUAGGGUCCAGCAUAGCAAACAAUGGGUGA